UUGCUUUUCUCACUCUUUCUUUUCCAAGUGAAGCUGCUGGUUCUGGAUGGUGUUGGUCUCUGUUUUGGUGACUUAGGUUAGGACAGGUGAAGGAUUGAGGAGGUCGAGCUCUUGAAGAACAUGUGGUUUUCGACAGAGAGCGUGACAUUCCUGGACAUGGAUUUUGCAUGAACUUGGGCUUGAUGAAGAGGCGAAACGUUUAAGGGUCUGCUGAGAGAUGAGGUGGAGGAGCUGAAGUGAGAGAAAUCAAACACUAAUCCACAGCAGGCUGUCAGGAUGUUCCAGAGGAAGAAGAAGAAGAAGAGGAGGCUGGAGAUCUCCACUCCCAGGAACUUCGAGCACAGGGUGCACACGUCCUUCGACCCGGUGCAGGGCUGCUUCGUGGGUCUGCCGUCUCAAUGGCAAAGCCUCAUAGACACGCUCCGGAGACCCAAACCUGUGGUGGACCCCUCCAGCGUCACGCAGGUGCAGCUCAAACCGCAGAAGAGGAUCGUUCGUGGCAGUUUCAUCGGACAUGAGGACUACAUUUCUGCGGCGAUCGCUCAGAUGAAUCGACUCUCUGUUACAAGCUCGAACUCGUUGAGGAGAACCAGCCCGUCUUUAAGGAAAAGAGCCCAGUCUCUGGGCCGUCUGGGUGAGGUAGCCGAAGGAGAGACGUAUGAAUAUCAGGAGCUCAAUGAGGCCAGUCGGAGGAACGGGCAGCCGGUGUCAGACUGGGGAUCGAGAUCCCGACAGAUCCAGAGCGAGAGCGGAAGCCCACGGCCCGAAUCCAAGAACAGCUACACCAUAAACUCCACUGAGUCUCGACCCAGAGCCAAGUCCAUGUUCAUGGGACAGCCGGUGCUGAUGCCCCGGGACAUUCUACUCGCACCUAGAACUGCUCGUGAAGAGCCUGGUAUUGAUAAAAGAGAUGUAAAACCCAACCAGAGGCCCGUAUCGUGUCUCGACGGCACCUACAGCGGAAACGAUGGAGUGAGACUGAACUCAGAUCAGACCGAGACAGAAACGCCGAGGAGGCCUCAGUCCACAUACAACUUCAAGGUGAAUUCACAGAGUUUCCCAGCCAUUUCCAAACCCAACGGCACUAGCAGUCCUAAACCAGGCCAUGGAAUAAUCAGCCAUCAGAACUCACGGCGUUCCUCCAGCGACCUGAUUUCUACCAUCCAAACCCCUGAGACUCCAGCCUCGCUCGCUCUGAAGCAGGACAGCCCGUCUCAGCCCAGACCCGCUCCGACCGGCUCGCCCGCGGUUCGCAGCGGAGCCUCGUCUCCCAGCCUCAGAGUGGCCCAGAAGCCCGGCAGCGGCCCGGAGACACCCGGAGUCACCCACCAGCAGUUCAGAGCCGCGCUGCAGAUGGUGGUGGGCACCGGCGACCCUCGCUCGUAUCUGGAGAACUUUGUGAAGAUCGGCGAGGGCUCCACGGGCGUGGUGUGCAUCGCCCGAGAGAAGCACAGCGGGCGGCAGGUCGCCGUCAAGAUGAUGGACCUCAGGAAGCAGCAGAGGAGAGAACUGCUCUUCAAUGAAGUGGUUAUCAUGCGAGAUUACAGGCAUAAAAACGUGGUGGAGAUGUUCAAGAGUGCUUUGGUGGGUGAAGAGCUCUGGGUCAUCAUGGAGUACCUGCAGGGCGGCGCUCUGACCAACAUCGUCUCAGAAACCAGGCUAACGGAGGAGCAGAUUGCUACAGUGUGUGAAGCUGUUCUCCAGGCUCUCUGUUAUCUUCACGCUCAGGGCGUCAUUCACAGAGACAUCAAGAGCGACUCUAUCUUACUCACGCUGGACGGCCGGGUGAGACACACUCCUCCUGACCGCUGCCGAUUACACUCUACCAUCCAUCUAUACGAGCUCUUCUCAACCGAGCACUUGUCCAGGACUGAGAUUCCAACGCAUGAACUGCUUACAGUGGACAUGUGGUCUCUGGGGAUCAUGGUGGUGGAGAUGAUCGAUGGAGAGCCUCCGUAUUUCAGCGAGACGCCGAUAGCAGCGAUGAAGAGACUGCGAGACGAGCCGGCGCCGACCGCCAGAAACAUCAGCAGGAUCUCUCCCGUCCUGAGGGACUUUCUGGACUCGAUGUUGACGUGUGAUCCGCUGGAGCGAGCGAGCGCCGCAGAUCUGCUCCAGCACCCCUUCAUGCUGCAGGCCGCUUCUCCUCGCUGUCUGGUGCCGCUGGUGGAGCAGUACCGCAGACGCAUGUCGCGAUGCUGACCUUCAGCACUUUAGAGACUGUGAACCUUCCUGAUCUACUGGAAAAACCCUGACGUUCCUCUGGAGAACCUCAUGGAGGAGGACAGGAGAGGUUCCCCCCCAAACCAUCAUUCUGUCAGCAUUUAUUCCUCUUAUUCUAAUGCGUUUGCACAGAACUGUUGACAUUGUGUCGUGUGUAAUAUAGACUGUGCUGAUGGGUUUAUUAAAUACAUCUGAUGAUCGUUCACAAUGUAUGGAAGCCUGUUUCUGCUCCAGGACAAGGAAUUAAAAGGUCAUUGUGACCUUAUUUCUUGCAAUUCUGAGGGGGAAAAAACAUUAACUUACAAUUGCGAGACGUAAAAAUUGUGAGAAAAAAAAUGUAAUUGUGAGAUAUAAACUCAGAAGUGGUGGUGAAAAGGUCAGAAUCAGAAAUGUGAGAUACAAACUGAAUUGCAAGAUAAAAAGUCAGAAUUGUGAGAUGUAAACUAAGAAUUGCAAGAAAAAUGUAGAAUUCAAAGUCAGAGUCGCGAGAUAUGAACUAAGAAUCGUAAUAGAAAAAAUUUAGAAUUGCGAGAUAUAAAGUCAGAAUUGUGAGGAAAUAAAA